UAAGAAUGAUGUAGAGUCAAUAAUGAGCUUAUAUUAAACGACAACUGUUUGGUUUUGCUAGCAACAGAACAGCAGGAAGUAAAAGUAUACACAGUUGCGUUAUUGACGAACUUCGCCAGAUGCUAUCAUAGAUACGAUAUUUGUUGGCUGGGAUGAUGAUACGUUAGAGAACGAGAUUAUGACUUCGAAUAUGACUACGUCAAGGAACGACAGUUCGAGAUGCCUACCUUUUUUUGGACGAAAUAGCCGUCGACGUCAAUUGGAAGAAGAGAACGAUGAUCUGCAACAAGAAAUUCAGGAACUCCAGAUAGUUGUAAAUGAAAAGGGGAAUGAAACAGAAGAACUUUCGCAGCUAAUCUUAAAUUUGCAACUUAAAAACCAGACGUCGGAAAAGGAAAAGGAGACAUUUCGGCAAGAAAAUAUUGGCAAGAGCAACAAAAUUGAGCAACUUCAGAAAGAGAACAAGGAGAUAUGGGGUGAAGUGAAGGAACUCCAAGAGAAAAUCGCAAGUAAGAACAGGAAAAUACGGGAACAUGAAGAAGAUAUCAAUCAAAUGGAGAAAGAAGUGGAAAAAAUCAACAAUGAAUGCGCUGGUAAGGAAGAUGAAAUUGAGCAGCUUCGAGAAGAUAAGAAGGCGUUGAAGACUGAAAUGGAAACACUUCGGCAAAAAAACAUUGGCAAUAAAAAUGAAAUUCAGCAACUCUGGAAUGAGAAAAAUGAAAUGAAAAGUAAAAUUAGGCAACUUCAGGGCGAUAAGAUCAAAACGGAUAAUACAAUUCAGCUGCUUAAGAAUGAAAAGAAUCAGGAUAGAAAUGAAAUUCAGCAACUUCAGGGUGAAAAGAGCAAAAUGGAGAACAGUAUUCAGCAGCUUCAAAAAGAAAGUAAUUGCAUGAAAAUUGAAAUUCAGCAACUUCAGGCCAACAAGACCAAAAUGGAGAACAGUAAUGAACAGCUUCAAAAAGAAAGUAAUGGCAUGAAAAUUGAAAUUCAGCAACUUCGGGCCAAUAAGCUCAAAAUGGAGAACAGUAAUCAGCAGCUUCAAAAGAAAGUAAUGAUGAAAAUUGAAAUUCAGCAACUUCGGGCCAAUAAGAUCAAAAUGGAGAACAGUAAUGAGCAGCUUCAAAAAGAAAGUAAUGGCAUGAAAAUUGAAAUUCAGCAACUUCGGGCCAAUAAGAUCAAAAUGGAGAACAGUAAUCAGCAGCUUCAAAAAGAAAGUAAUAGCAUGAAAAUUGAAAUUCAGCAACUUCAGGGUGAAAAGAGCAAAAUGGAGAACAGUAAUCAGCAGCUUCAAAAAGAAAGUAAUAGCAUGAAAAUUAAAAUUCAGCAACAUCAAGCCAAUAAGACCAAAAUAGUGAUAGGUGCUCAGAAGCUUCAGGAAGAAAAAAAUGAGAUGAAAAAUGAAAUUCAGCUACUUCGGGACAAUAAGACCAAAAUAGAGAACAGUAUUGAGCAGCUUCAGACAGAAAAAAAUGAGAUGGAAAAUGAAAUUCAGCAACUUCGGGACAAUAAGACUAAAAUGGAGAACAGUAUUGAGCAGCUUCAAACAGAAAAAAAUGAAAUGAAAAAUGAAAUUCAGCAACUUCAGAGUGAUAAGACCAAAAUGGAGAACAGCAUUCAGAAGCUUCAGAGAAAAAAUAAUGAGAUGGGAAAUGAAAAUCAGCAACUUCGGAACAGCAUGGACCAGACGAACAGUAAGAAGCAACAACUUCAGGCAGAAAAUGAUGCAAUGAGCAAUGAAAUUCAUCGUCUUCAAGAAGAAAGAAAUCAGAUGAGCCGUGAAAUUCGGCUACGUUUGGGCGAUAACAGCAAAAUGGAGGUUGAUAUUCAGCAGCUUCAGAAAGAAAAGAAUGAAAUGAGAGGUGAAAUUCAGCAUCGUCGGGACAGUAUCGACCAGAUGAACAAUGAAAUUCAGCAACAUCAGAUAGAAAAGAACGUGAUGAGUAAUGAAAUACGGCGUCUUGAGGAUGAACGAUAUGCUAUGCGAUAUGAAAUACAGCAACUUCAAAAACAUAUCGACAAUAUGACAUCAGAGGCUAUGUCUAGAACCCCUAUCCAAGAAGGUGAUGUGGUGGUUUCAACUAAUGAACUCGGACGAGGGGCUUAUGGUGCCGUUUAUGAGGGAAACUUUCAUGGAUCUAAAGUAGCGGUUAAAGAAUAUCACGAACUAAUCAUAUCUCCACAUAAUCUGGAGCAUCUCCAACGUGAAGUGUAUAUUGCAUCGCAGUGUCGUCAUCCGAAUUUACUACAGUUCAUAUGCGCGGAGAGAAAUAAUCAUAACCAUCUGUUAAUCGUGACAGAACUGAUGGAUAUGAAUUUACGUACAUAUAUGGGACGUUUAAGCUUGCGGCUGCAUUACGAGGAACUCAGAUUAAUUUCCUUGGACGUGGCAUGUGGUCUCAACUACCUUCAUACAAAGAAACCGAGGCCAAUAAUCCAUCGUGACAUCAGCAGUGCCAACGUAUUGUUAAAAAUUGGAAAUCAUUCACCAAGAAGAGCGAAGAUAUCAGAUUAUGGUUCGGCCAAUUUCAUGGAUAUGUGUCAAACUGAAAAUCCAGGAGCAGUUCUUUACGCUGCACCUGAAGCUGGGCAAGCUAGACAGGACCCUAAGAUCGAUGUCUUCAGUUAUGGGAUUCUGGUGUGUGAGAUGUCCAUCUGUGAACUACCUAUCCCUGAAAGUAGAGAAAAUCAAAGAGAAAGAAUUCCAAACAGGAAUGUGAAACAACUGGUGAAGACCUGCACGAAACCUGAACCACCAGCAAGGCCAACGAUGCAGGAUGUGAUUGAACAUUGGAAACGCUACGAGUCUCAAGACACGGGCCGUUUUCCCUUUUUGCGGAAGUGAAGUGAAAUUUUGUGUAACGAACUCUAGCAACCAAUUAUUUACUUUAUAAGGAUAUAUUCGAAACUGUUCGGCCAUCGAUAGCUAAACAACGAAGUCGAAGAAUGAAUAGUUCACAGCCAAAACACUGUACUCAAUUUAAUCAACACUGUAAUCAACAAAGAUCAUGAUCGUAGCUGAUAGUUUGAAAGAUGUAAAUCAUGAAAUAUUUCUUACAUUAACUAGCUGUAAGAAAGAUCUAAAGUGUGUCAAUAUAGCUACGACCACGGCAUGUAUAGCAAUAUAUAUUACAUGAGUUAAAAUAUAGACAAACA